AUGUGUGACUCAUCAACAGAACAACGAGCACCGACAUCUAAUGAUGGAAGUUUGAAUUUUUGGGUUGAAAAAUGGCAACAAAAUAGUAUUGGUUUUCACCGAACUUUUGUGAGCGACUUAUUCAAGAAACAUAUUCUUCCAAAACUUCUUUCAUCAAAAAAACAAAAAUGUGUUGUUUUUCCUUUAUGUGGUAAAACAUUGGAUAUGAAAGCAGUUUUAGAUACAGGCCAUCAAGUUAUUGGUAUUGAAGGAUCUCAAGCUGCUAUAGAAGCAUUUUUUAACGAAAAUAAUAUUCCAUAUGAAACCGAAAAAGAUGAAAACAAUCAAUGUGAAAUUUACAAAGGUAUCAAUUGUCCUGUUACCAUGUAUUUUGCUGAUUUCUUCACUUUUAACAAACCUCUUCCACCUGUUGAUUAUAUAUGGGAUCGUGGUGGAAUUGUAGCUAUCAAUCCAUCGACUCGUGAACAAUAUAGAGAUUGUCUUUUUCGAAUGAUGACACCUGGUCAUACUCAACUCUUUCUUGUAAUCAUAAAUUAUACUGACCCUGCUUUUAAAGGUCCUCCUUAUCUUGUAAGUGAUGAUGGUGUCAAUCAUCUGUUUGGAUCGAUAUGCUCAUCGGAACUUGUCGAAGCACAUGACGAAACAGAAGAAUUUAAUUCACGGGAUGUGGGGCGUCAUAUAGAUUUUAUAGAAGAACGUCUUCAUUUAAUUGUGCGAAAGCAAAUGUGA